AUGGCCCUUAAUGUCUUUCGUAUCCUUAAUUCGACUGUCUAUACCCUCCUUGGAAUCGUCACAUUUUGCCUAACGCUACUGACGCCCGGCGACUUUAUCUACCAAUGUUACCGAAAUCGCAGACUCACCAAUAUAUUCAUAGUGUCUGGUGUCUAUAUCGUGACAGUUUUACUAGCCCUGCUCGUCUACGCAAGUCGCAUAUACACCAUUCGAACUGGCCUCGGUGCCAUCCCGAAAGCUUGGAUACCGGUCGCAAAAGGGGAAGUUGGCAAAAGUGUACAAAGGCUGGUAGAAGACGGUAUUCAUCAAAGCGCUAUUGUUGCGUAUCAAGCCCGGCCGAGAAAUCUCUUCGACGAACACAACGAGCCCGCGCACGAUGAGGACCUCUCCAUAAAACCCGAUCGGCCGCCAUGGGGCCCUGUGUCACACGCCGGCUGGUCUUCGCCGUCAUCUCUGGACCUCCCUGGCCUACGAUAUCAGCGAGUCAUAGAAGAGCUUCCACACUUGAUCGAGGCCAAGGCCGUUUCACUGGCCCCCUCCGAUCCGCUGAUUUCGUCAAAUCGGUUUGCGGAUCCGUCAGGGAGCGGAGACCAGAACAUCCCCGACCCUCGCGUCGUGGAGAUAUUGCAGCGGCCUACAGCAAUGGGGUUGCGAGAUUAUGUCGGACAUCUCACGACUUUGGGCUUAAUUGACCCUCCGGAACUGGGAGCGGAAUUCCUCUCCAUCUAUGAGCAAGCCCGGUUCUCGCCUAGACCGCUCGUCGAAGACGAGUUCCGAAGUUUGAUGGGUCUAUUUGCGGAGAUUUUAAGAGGUAUGAAGGAAGUGGAUCCGAAGGUUCUGCAAGAGAUACGCGGGGAUGGUUCUCAAGGGGACAGCGAGUCGUUUAUCGGCCCAUCGGAUGAGGAGGGGGAGACCGACACGCUCGGAACGGAGGAUCUAGGCGAGAGCCUCUACCGCAGGCGUAGCAACAAUUCCUCCUCGCCUUGGGGCAGCAGUUUACGUUCUGUGCGAACCGCGCCAAUGGUUCAAAGCAACGGUUCUCCAGCGCAAUCUCGGUCUACGGAUAGACUCAGGAGCGGUCCAUCAAUGACUUCGCUGCGUCGUGUCGGAUCAAAUUUGUCGCAGAAUUCUGCGGGUAGCGUUAUCCGGCUCAAACUACUGCGCCGCGGCGCCGAGUUUUUGACCCCACGAACCGGCAGUCCGGCCACCGACGGCUUCACAAGCGCAUCCUCGCAGACGGCGCUUUUCCCCAAGGUCGAUCCGGCGGUAGAUGGCGAGGACUGCGAUCGUGACUGCGCUAGCUGCACCAUCCAUUACCCGGCCAAGUUCGAUGUCGAAUUGAAGGAUAAGCUGUACGGCAAUGUCAACGGCUGGGCAACCCAUGUCCUCGUUGCGACUGGCAAGGCGGAUUGGGUUCGUGAUGUCGCCGACGAAAAGGGGAGUGUGAUGGAGGCGAUUGACAAGGGCGGCAUUGCGCCAAACAAUGGGAAACUCAAACUCUCGGCAUCAAACAUCCCCGUACCAGACGAAUAUCACCAUGCAAAAGACAACAAGUCGCGGCCUACAACCGUCGCGCUUUUCCCCGCCUUCACCAUCAUCGAUCAUGUGACGCCGGCCUUGACCCCGGACCUGAUCAAGUACUUUGUCAACCCAUCCAUCACAACAACGACACCAUUACGCUCAAUCCCAAUAUCAUCACAGCCCGACCUCACAGGGGACUCGACAGUCCCCACGAAAACGCUGCUUCCCGCACAAGACAUCUCAUCGCUAACACCGCUUCGAUCUCGCCCUUCGCCGCAUGCAGCAGUUAUCCUUCUCUGCUCGCAAAAGACACGCGAUGCGCGCUGUGGACAGUCGGCUCCUCUGCUAAAACGUGAGUUUGAGCGGCAUCUACGCAGUCAUGGGUUAUACAGGGAUAUGGAUGACGAAAGGCCCGGUGGGGUUGGAGUUUAUUUCAUCAGCCACGUUGGAGGGCACAAGUACUCGGCUAAUGUGAUUAUCUACCGGCGGAGAGAUUUCGAUUGGUAUAAGAAGAAGAAUGAGAGUGUGGGUGAGAAGCUUGUCCAGCAGUAUAGUGAAGAGGAUGAUGGUGCAGUACAGGGUAUUUGGCUCGCGCGAGUGCGGCCUGAAGAGUGUGAGAAUGUUGUGAGGUUUACAGUUUUGCAGGGAAAACUGGUCAAGCCGGAUCAACUGCGUGGUGGGUUUGACAGGGAGAGGGGGCUGACCAGUUGGUGAUAUAAGUAUAUAGAGGUAUUUUUGAUAGCAUAGAUUGAUACAUGUAUCAUUGAUCUUGGUCAACUUAUUACUGCUUACAAGCUUAGAUAAUCGUUAAGUAACAUACACCAGAAUCUGUGACUGUUAGA